UUUUGACCCUUAACUCUCCGAGACACAUUCUUGCGUAGGGGCUAGGGUUUUUCAGUCCGCGAGUGCAAAAAUCCUCCAAACCCUAACAAUGGCAACAGCGGCGGCGCCAAUCGAGUCCGUACAGUGUUUCGGCCGCAAGAAGACGGCAGUGGCCGUGACCUACUGCAAGCGGGGCCGAGGUCUGAUCAAGAUCAACGGCUGCCCAAUCGAGCUGGUGGAGCCGGAGAUCCUCCGAUUCAAGGCCUACGAGCCCAUCCUCCUCCUCGGACGACAGCGUUUCGCCGGAGUCGACAUGCGCAUACGCGUGAAGGGUGGAGGUCACACGUCUCAGAUCUACGCCAUCAGGCAGAGCAUAGCGAAAGCCCUGGUUGCUUUCUACCAGAAGUACGUGGACGAGCAGAGCAAGAGGGAGAUCAAGGACAUCCUCGUCAGGUACGAUAGGACCCUCCUCGUUGCCGAUCCUAGACGCUGCGAGCCCAAGAAGUUCGGUGGUCGUGGUGCUCGUGCUAGGUUCCAGAAAUCUUACCGUUAGAUUGGGAGCAAAUCGAAAACUGAAGGUGGAGAUAUUUUGUUGUUGGUUUUUAAUUUAAAAUUUUCAGUUUGCGCUUUUUUGGUGUUUAAGGACAUGAGCGUUUAAUGUUUAAUGGGUUUUGGUAAUUUCCGAGAAUUUUGAAUAUUGAGACGACAUAGUUUGUUUAGUUUUGUUGCUCAGUGAGUUUAUUACUAUCGUUUUUCA